AUGUUCACCAAACUUUCACUCUUUUCUCUUUUUGCCUCGACGCUGGCCGCCGGGUUGUCCUACGACAACAUUGACAAGGCCGCCACUCCACGAGCCAAGGAGCUCCUCAAGUAUGUUCAGUCUCAGUACGGCUCGCACUACAUUUCUGGUCAGCAGGAAUUGGCCAGUCUGGAGUGGGUGAAGAAGAACACCGGCUCCACUCCGGCCAUCCUGGGCACCGACCUCAUGUAUUACUCGCCCUCUGCCGUUGCCCACGGAAGCAAGAGUGAGACCGUCGAGCAAGCCAUCCAAUUUGACAAGGAAGGCGGUAUCAAUGCUCUUGUCUGGCACUGGUACGCCCCUAACUGUCUGCUCGAGACCGAAAAAGAGCCAUGGUACAAAGGGUUCUACACCGAGGGAACCUGCUUCAAUGUGGCCAAUGCGCUUGGCUACCGUGGGAACGCAACAGCCCACCGCGGCAACGGAACGGACUACCGACUAUUGAUUCGGGAUAUCGAUGCUAUUGCGGCCCAGCUCAAGCGUCUGUCUGAUGCAGACGUUCCGAUUCUUUUCCGCCCUCUCCACGAACCGGAGGGUGGAUGGUUCUGGUGGGGAGCUCAAGGCCCAGCUCCCUUCAAGAAGCUCUGGAACAUCCUCUACGACCGCAUCACCCGUGUGCACAAUAUCCACAACAUUGUCUGGGUCUGCAACACUGCCGAUUCCAAGUGGUACCCUGGAAACGACAAGUGCGAUAUUGCCACCGUUGACCACUAUGCCGACGCCGGUGACCACGGUGUCCUCGAGGAUAAAUUCCACGCGCUGCAGAGGGUUACUAAGGGUGAGAGAGUUCUUGCGCUGGCGGAAGUUGGUUCCAUCCCCGAUGCUCAGCUUCAGGCUAAAGAAAACAUUCCCUGGGCCUACUGGAUGAGCUGGAAUGACGAGUUCGUCAAGGAUGGGAAGCACAACUCCAAGAAAUUCCUGAAGGAUACCUUGAACAGCAAGCUCGUUGUUACCGUCGAAGAUAAGAAGAACUGA